UCGCCGCCCUCCCUCGCUCUCUCCCGCCCUCAGCCAGGCCUCCCAGUUCCCUACUUUGCGUGACUACCAACUUCGAAUUCCCAGUUUCAGCGUCUCGCUGCAGCCCGCGAUCUCUACUCUGCCUCCUGGGGUCUUCUCCAAAUGUCUAGCCCCCAUCUAGGGGGACCUAACCUAGCCAGCGGGGACCGGAUCCGGAGGGUGGAGCAGCCAGGUGAGCCCUGAAAGGUGGGGCGGGGCGGGGGCGCUCUGGGCCCCACCCCGGGAUCUGGUGACGCCGGGGCUGGAAUUUGACACCGGACGGCGGCGGGCAGGAGGCUGCUGAGGGAUGGAGUUGGGCUCGGCCCCCAGAUGCGGCCCGCGGGCUCUGCCAGCAACAAGUCCCUCGGGCACCAGCCCUCGCUGCGACUGGGGCUUGGAGCCCUGCACCCGAGGUAAGCCAUCCUCCUUGCCCAUCCCCUUGAUGGACGCUCAAAUGGCAGGAAAAAGUAUAGAAAGGUCUUCCUCCCCCCUUUUCUCUCAGCCUCUCUCUUCUGGGCCCUCAGCGCAGCUCUUUGCCCCUCCCAGCCCCUCCAGCUCCUCUUGUCGCUAGCCUGUUGGACUGUGUUAACCCUCCUGGCUGGCUGUAAUGUGAGGCUCCCGCUGCCGCCACAGGGCACAGACCGGCUGCCAAGGCCCCACUUUUAACUAAAAGAGGCGCUGCCAGGUGCACAAUUCUGGGCAUGAUCCAUUUGAGCUUCGGGGGAAAGCCCAGCACUGGUCCCAGGGAAGGUGCCUAGAAGGACACGGAGCGGACCCCUUUGCUGCCUCAAGAAGAGGGUGGGGAAACAGAUCCACGAAGGCUGAUGGGAGCUCCUGGAGUUGAAAGCGAUGGAACUGGGACUUGGAGAGCCUACUGCAUUGUCCCACUGCCUCCGGCCUAGGUGGCAACCAGCCUUGUGGCCAACCCUAGCUGCUCUAGCCCUGCUGAGCAGCGUCACAGAAGCUUCCCUGGACCCAAUGUCCCGCAGCCCCGCCUCUCACGAUGUUCCCUCGCCCGUCCUGGCGCCCCCAACAGACUACCUACCUGGGGGACACACCGCACAUCUGUGCAGCGAAAGAGCCCUGCGACCACCGCCGCAGUCUCCUCAGCCCGCACCCCCGCCACCGGGUCCCGCGCUCCAGUCUCCUCCCGCUGCGCUCCGCGGGGCACGCGCGGCGCGUGCAGGAACCCGGAGCAGCCGCGCACGGACUACAGAUGCGCGCGGCUGCCGCCUGCGCUCACAGCUGGUGCCGGUGAGCGCUCUCGGCCUGGGCCACAGCUCCGACGAGCUGAUCCGUUUCCGCUUCUGCAGCGGCUCGUGCCGCCGAGCACGCUCCCCGCACGAUCUCAGCCUGGCCAGCCUGCUGGGCGCCGGGGCCCUGCGGUCGCCUCCCGGGUCCCGGCCGAUCAGCCAGCCCUGUUGCCGGCCCACUCGCUAUGAGGCCGUCUCCUUCAUGGACGUGAACAGCACCUGGAGAACCGUGGACCAUCUCUCCGCCACCGCCUGCGGCUGUCUGGGCUGAGGAUGAUCUUCAAGCUUUUGCACACUGGACCCAUAUGUCGCCCUACCUGGAACAGCCCCACGGGGCCUCACUAGCUAGGAGCCUCAACUCAACAGGAAGUGGAAGCUGCAGAGCUCAGGCCUCAGGCCGGUGAGGGACAGACAGAGCCUGGAAAGAUGACCGAACCGCUGACCAACAGUCCCAAGGUGUUCAUGGAUCCCAGCUCUACAGACAGCAGAAACCUCAGCUAAAGAGAACUCCUCUGGGUGAAUCCAGAAAUGGCCCUAGGACCUCGGGAGUGCAUUUUGAGGAGAUAUAUUGUAGUCGCGUUGCUGGACCAGCCUGUGCUGAAACCAGCCUUGUGUUCACUUGUGGAAGCCGAAGCCCUAUUUAUUAUUUCUAAAUUAUUUAUUUACUUUG